AUGCCCGGUGAGCUUCGCAACCGCAUCAGCCGCAUGGUUCUCGUCGAGGAUGAAGCAAUUGAAAUCACCGCUACCGCCAACCACGAGCAGCCCGGCCUUCUGCGCACCUGUCGCCAGCUUCGCGCAGAGACUAAAAGCAUCUUCGAAGCAGAAAACGACUUCGCCCUCGAAAUCAUCAACCUCCGACCCAGCCUUCCCGACAAGUACGGCCUUCACUGGUCCGGUCCGUUGAUCACACACGGAUACUUCACGAACACUGUCCCAGAAGAAUGUAAGUACUCGAGAACUGGCUGGGAAUGCUCCCUUCUCUGCAAUUGUAAGAAACCGUUCAGACUUGAACAAGUCAAAGAAUGGUGGAAUAGCGGUCACGAAGGGGAUGGGCUCAGCGAAGAMAACGGUGAGAAAGUCGGCGCGCGCUUCCAUUCCUCAAUGGCUAUGGCACUGUGGGUAAGUCUAAGAGAGACUCGUCCGAGGAGGAGGAUUGCUCUUUCCAGAUCUGUACCUACGCAGAUCGAUCAGCAGUCGAAACUCUUGAGACUUGAUGCAGAACAACGAUGA